AGUGAGACGCCGGUCGUCCUCGGGUGUGGACGUGUAUAGAGUCGUGAACGUUUACGAAUAUUCGCGAAUCUAUAGAACGCGUAAUGGUGUCCUGAAAAUAAUACAAAAUGAAGACGUAACUAUAAAACAUAGAAACAAUUAGAAAAUUGUGUAAUGCAAGUGUGAAUGAACAUUACUAUUUAAUAAGUGUUGGUGUUAGAAUCUUGAAUAAUAUUUAAUAAACUAUGUUAAGUUAUAUGUGUUUUACGAUAAAAGUACUUAAAGUGUAGAUUUAUGAUACUUUAUUUGGCGUCAUCAGUAAUUGCAGUAGAGAUGUAAGCGAGUCAUUUCAUGAAAAUAAUUUACACAAUCACUUUAAUUUGUUUAUUUUAAAAUGUUAUCUAAUAAUUGGGUGACUUUAAAUGCAAAUAAAAGAAUGUAGACCAAACACAAUUUCCUAUAAUAGAAACUAUCACAUAAGUUCUUAUAUUGCUCAAAUUAUGAGUUACUAAUAUUUAAACAUUACUUAAGAUAAUACUUCAUUCAUAAAAGUCUAUGUAUAUGUAUUUGUCCAUUGAUAACUAAAGUAAUGAAAAAUCAAACUUUACCACUGUCAUUUAUCGCCUGGCGCACGUUCCCGCCACUGCAGGGUCUCGGACCGCCCCUGUAAAUUAAAUAUCUUAUUAAUAAAUCGGGCCAUAACCUACCACGCGGCUCCAAUCCGGAUUGUUGAGUGUUGACGACUGCAAACAAACGGUUUGAGGGGCCUGAAAUACGGUGGAAUUUAAAAGAAAAAUUCUUGGUCACCUAUACUGUUUUUGACCUACGUGAUAGUUCCUUAACGUACGCAAUCGCUACCGAACCCUCCGACUACUGUACCAUCGAGACCUAAAAUCAACAACAUUUAUAAUCCACUUCGCAGUUGAUUAGACUGUUAUGUCAUCGACCCGAAACCUGUGUUAUAACUCUAAUCCUAAAUACCACCAUCAAUCAUUCUAUAUUGAACAGUCUCCACCUCGUAUCGGUUCUGACUGACACAUUACUGUGUAGAUAAUUAAUUAUAUUAUACAACGAAAGAAAUCUAUUAUUGGAAAAAUUUCAAUAAAAAAAUCUGAGCACUUUGUCUUGUUUAAUGGAUGGAUUGGUCUGAUCACUGAUCAACCCUCCUGACAGCGAGAGGAUCGAUGGAUAGAUUUCCCUUUAACACUACGUUUUACUUUGAGAAAUUAAAUGUUAAAAACUGAUAUUCUUAUCCUAACUAUGAAAAACAUUAACGUCAAGUUUUAACACCACGGCGUUUAUUAUACGAUACAAGAAAAGGAAAAAUAUAAUCAAUUAAGAAAAUAUCUACGGAUAGGUGACAUGUGUCGACGUGUCCUGAACGUGACUCGUGAACAAGCAAACUGAAGUAGUGCCACUUAGAUAGCAAUAUCUCACUGCCUCGCAAUAAAAAAAUGUCUGGAACAUGAUGGAUGCGAGUGGAAUGUACUAUAGUAGUCGCUUGUUUUAUGUCCUAUAACAAAGGUGAAACAAUCACAAAAGAACAUGCUUCCAUUAUUUCCAGCUCACUCAUUUAUUAACUUUUGUCUAUGAUAAUUAAAUUUAUAAUAGUGAUAACUCAAACUGUACGAUUUUCGACGUGAAUGAAAAUUCAAAAAUCAUCGAGAUUAAUUUAAUAAAUGACAUCAUUUUUUAUUUAGUUUGUUCCAUGGUUUAAAACCGAAUAAAAAUGUCAAUAUUCUACGUAGUUGGCUUGGAGCUGACAUUUUCCGCUGCGUCAUUGCGAGGGUAGAUGUUCAUUUGUCAACUUAGAUGUCAACGCCAAUGCUUUAACAUGAAGGCUUAGGAAAAAGAGGUAUUCGGUUUCUUGUUUUCGUUAUUAGUUAACCAUAAUAAACGUAAACUCACUAUUUACAAAUUAAAAGUAAGAAUUGACUGAGGUUUUUCGUUGCCCUAAUAACUAUUAGAAGUAUCUUGUAUGUCAGUGGACUAUUUGCAAAAAUGUUAAUUUAAACUCUUAUAUUCUAUUUAAAUUAGAAAAUACACAUUUUUAACAUAAAAGAAAUGAUUGCGUAAAUUAUUUUCUUUAUGAAAUAACGAAGUUCUUAGCUCAAACAAUAAUUAGGUGCAAUCCAAACAGUGUGAAGUUCAAAACGAGAAGAUCAAAGUUAUAAUAACAAUCAUGAGAGAAAAGUGUCGGCCCGAGAGUUGUGCCUUGUGAAACCCCUCGUGAACUCGCUAAAGUAAUCAAAUUUUCGACAAAGAUGGCGUCUUCGAACGGUAAGGAAAGUUCCAAGAGGACAGCUUCGGUAGACAGUUUGAAAUUGUCGAGUAAGAAUGCGUCUAUGUGUUCGUCGAAGCACGCCUCAUCGGAAUCUGUAUUGUCGAAGAAAGACAAGGAAUGCCUCCAAAUGCAAGAGUGUAAGAAGAAGCUUUUGGCGAUGGAGCCACAGAUUAUAAUCAGAGAUGAGAACGUGGUGCUGCGAUCACCGCCACAAAAGAAGAUAUUGAUGCCACCCACUAUAAACCCAGAGGUAAGUGAAGCGUCCUUAAUAAAGGCCGUCUUCUGAGAUUGAUCAGAAGAUAUAAUGAAGGUGGAAUGGGUGGACGUUUCGUUUCUAUGUAAGUAGAUCUAAAACAGAAAACUAUAUUACUAUUCAUACAUGGAUGUCCAACUAAAAUUUAAUCAUUUACAUUUUAUAUUUAGAC